GUGGGGUUCCGCGUGGAUUCGGUAUCUGCGGGUGGCCGGAAUUUUCAGGGCCACCGUGGCAGAGGGGUCUAUUUCCCGCCCCCCCCCACCAGCAAAUCCAGCCCCCCGCCCCCAAAAAGGGGUAGCGCUGUCGUUCCCCCCCCUCGCCCCCCCCCAACAUUCCAGGCUCCGAAGGCAGCAAAGCGUUUUGGUGGGAGCUUUUCUCCCCGCGCUUUGUCCGCUGACGCCCGUUGGGGUUUUUGGGUGUCACCGGGGAGGCAGGAGGAGGAUGGACCCCCCCCCCAGCCCCAACAUUGGGCCCCCCCACCCCACCCCCCCCCAUCCAGGGCUCCGGCGCGGGAAGGCGGGGGCCGUUUGAUAGAGGAAAGGGAGGAAAUGUGGUAAGAGCCAACGUUUCCCCCGUUGCCGGUCGGCGACUCCGCGCUCGCCGCCGGAGCAUGGAUCCCUGCCGGAGUUGGGGGGCCCUGGCCUUGCUCUGCCUCCUCCUGCCGGGGGGGCACCUCGAUCCCUGCCAGGUGUCCAUCGCCCCCCGGGAUCCGGUGGUGGAAUUCGGCGCUUCCCUCCUCCUCAACUGCACCAGUUCCUGCCGGAAUUCCAGCCGGUUGGACUGGGAGGUGCCCGUCACCAAGGUGGGGACGCGGGGACCCGGCUGGGUGUCCCUCAGCAUCCCCAACGUCACCGACUGGCGCUUGAAGCUCUACUGCUACGGCAUUUUCGGGGACCACCGGCCUAUCGCCGCCACCACCAUCUACGCUUACCGGUUUUCACCCCCCCAAAUUUACCUGGAGGGUGACACGGUGGCAGGCAAAGAGACGCGCGUCACCUGCGACGUGUCCGCCCGGGUGGCCCCCCCCGACCCCCCCGAUCUCCGCCUGACGCUGACUGGGGGGGGGCUGCCCCCCAGCACCCAGCGGGGGUCCCGGCUGGGGUUGGUUUUCACGGCGCGGCCGGAGCAGCACGGCCGGGAGGUGACGUGCGAAGCCACCUUACGCCUCGGGGGCCGCACGCUCAACGCCAGCACCGCCGCCACCCUCUGGGUGUGGGCUGCCCCCCACCAUGUCCGAGUGCAGGCGUCACGCACCGUCUUCGCCGCCGGUGACAACCUGACGGUGACGUGCCAGGCGGAGGGCAACCCCCCCGCCCCGCCUGCGCUGGGAGCUGCCCGCCCGCUCCGACUGGGAGCUGCGGGACGACGGUGCCACCGUCACCCUCCCGGCUGCCCGACGGGUGCACGGGGGCACCUACCGCUGCCUGGCCCAGAACCGCUACGGCACCGGCGCUGCCAGCGUCGACAUCCUCUUCCAAGGAUCCUCCCGCAGCCUCUUGAUCCCGGUGGCCGUCACCUUGGCCGUUGUCACCGUACUGGCCGCUGUCGCCGGCUCCUGGUGGCUUUACCGCGCCCGGGGCUGGAAGCUGAUGCCGGAUGGAUCCCAGCCCAGCUAGUCCUGCCUGUACCCGGGAGUAAAGAGCCGUUUUCCUCUGCCUUUCCUUAUGUUUUUCCUAGUUUUUCCCAGUUUGCCGGCUCCGGCGCGUGGCGAGGGAUUGGAUCCGGGUAUGGAGCCCCGGCUCUUGGCACCGCGUUGGCUCCAGAGGGGAAAAUCCUUAGGCAGGCGUGCAACGGGGCCCUGGAGCUCGCCGUGAGCGUGCAACGGGGCUUGGUGCUCGCCGUGAGCGUGCAACGGGGCCCUGGAGCUCGCGCGUGCAACGGGGCCCUGGAGCUCGCCGUGAGCGUGCAACAGGGCUUGGUGCUCGCCGUGAGCGUGUGA